UUUAUGUUCUAGGCUAAUUCUUUACAGACAGACAGUGCAGGAACAAAAUGCAUUUUUCAAGGACAAUAAUAAAAAAGAAAUUAAGAGUAGGGUAAAAUAAACAAAUACCAUGCAGAAGCAAGUUUGAUAUGGCUUCAGCUGUAUGAAAUAUGAAAGGGAAAUAUGUAUGGUGAGAUUAUAAAUGUGUGGCUUUAAAACCACUACAGUGCUGGUUUGCACACACCGUCUCACAAGUCACUGUAGAUAGUAAAGUCAGUUAAUUAGUUUGUAACUAAUAUUACAUGAUUCAUUAGUAAUAUUAGCUAAUAUGAUUAUAUUUUUUAUAAUACUAAUGUAAAAGUUUUAUUGUGCAAACAAACUUUUAAGCAAUGGUUGCAAGACAGGCUAAAAACAAAAAAUAGAAGAAGCUGCUGCAGCUAAGGACUUCCUCUAAAAGCUUCGCAAGAGUGAGAUGAAUGAUAAGUGGAAGACUAUGAUCUAACUCUUAGUCAGGCUCGGCAUUAGAACCUCACUCCAUCAACUUGCAACAUGAAUCAAUCAGACUCAAAGAGCACCACGGAUACUGAUAUUGAAGAAACGAUUUACACUUUGGUGGAAGUUCUCAUUGCAGUAUGCUGCUGUCUUGGGAAUGCAAUGGUUGUUUUGGCUCUGUGGAAAACAAAAAGCAUCCAGCAACCCACCUACUGCUUCAUUGUGUCUCUGGCUGUGGCUGACUUUCUUGUUGGAGCUGUGGCCAUACCGUUGUCUGUGCUGGUGGAUGGCCGAGUGAAAACUUCAUUUCACACUUGUCUUUUCAUCAGCUGUGUGGUGAUCCUGCUAACCCUAGUUUCGGUUCUCUGUUUGACGGCCAUUGCUAUUGAUCGUUAUCUUCGACUCUCUCGCCCUUUCUGGUACAAAAGGACUGUCACCUGGAGGUAUUCAUAUUCUGUGGCUGCUGCAUGCUGGUUUUUUGCAGUACCACUGAGUUUUACUCCAAUGUUUGGCUGGAAUGAAGGACUGAAUACGUUUAAUUCCUCUGAUAAAUGCAUGUUUAUGAAUGUGAUCACCUUGAAUUAUCUGGUCUACUUUAACUUUUUUCUCUGCACCUUAACACCACUGCUGGUGAUGACUGUAUUGUACGCCUAUGUUUUCUGCUACAUUCGAGAAAAUCUCAGAGAGAAACCAGGCAACGGUGCCCAAAACCAGUCAAAGAACUACCUAACAAAAGAGAAACAGCUGGCAUCAUCUCUUGCUCUUGUCUUGGCUCUGUUUGCGCUGUCCUGGCUUCCACUUCACAUUAUGAACUGCAUCUCUUUAUUCACAAACCAUGCAAAUAAAAUAGCUUUUCAUAUCGGCAUCUCUCUUUCUCAUGCUAAUUCCGCAGUAAACCCUGUCGUGUAUGCAUUUAAAAUAAAAAAGAUAAAGAGAGCAUACAUACACAUCUGGAAACGAUAUACUUAUUGUGAAGCAGAAAGUCAAGGAUCUCAGAGCAGCAAGUCUGAUGUUAUGCUCAGCUGCAACAAUAUGAGUGAGACCAAUCAAAGCUAAAGAAGUUUAUCUGUGAAAAUGUUGAAGCCUUUUUUAUUCUAAUCCAAGAUUUGUA